AAUAAACGACGCCUACGGCGCGACGCUUUACGUAGCGCAGCAAUCGAGCUUAAAGUCUCAGUAUAACCCAGCGAUCGCGCGAAAAGCGGCGUCGAAUUUACAGGUAGUUUAGAAACGACAUAGACGUAAAACAUGACGACCCAACCAAGGCUGGUGAACAAACAGUUCAACACACCCAUCGGUCUGUACUCGGAACAGAAUGUUAGAGAAGUGUUGCAACGGGAACAACAGAUUCUGGCUAAUGGAGCUAUAGGAAUUGAUUUCCACAAUUCCUCGACAGGAAAGCCAGCCAACCUGCAAAAUUCUGCUGUUUUACGCUUACUCGAAGAAGAGGAGAACAGACGUGGUGGACGCCCUGGUAACGAUGAGUACUAUCCGAGACCCCUUCGAGACGUGUCCUGGCCACCUCCAGAUUACGAUCAAAAAACCCAACUCCGAUCCUCCUUUAAAGAUGUCGUCACCCCAGGAGCAAAGAGAGUUGCCUGGCCUCCACCACAAGAGGGAGUUUUAGAUCCAGCGGAAGUGGUGCAACACAGUCCUGUUCCAGUACAGGGUGGACCCCAAUAUUCCAGUCCAUCCCCCGGUUUGCAACAGAAUAACUACCCUUCCCAGCAGCAGGGUGUACCCGUUCAACAAUCCUACCGUCCUCUAAAACCCUUGGACGUUAGCUCAGUAGGCGCCGGCUCACCUCUAACUUCUCCAGCUCUGAACCAAACCCCUCAAGGUUUCCGUUCCGCCACACCUUCAGGUCCCAAAGGUUGGGCCCCCGUUCAAUCCCCAACCACUCCGUUAGGACCUGGUGCUCAGAAGUACUUUGGAGCGCCGCCUGCUCAAGGGUACCAAGGCCAACCUCAGUACCAGCCAGUGAGCCAGCCGCAUCAAGCCGCUCAACAGUACCAGCCGAGUCUUCAGCAGUACCAACAGCCCAACCAAUACGGGUCUCAGCCUAGUGGUUUCGCUACCCCGCCCGCUCAUCAAUACCAGGCUCCUCCCCAACAAUACCAACCUCAACCAGCUGCCCAGCCAAUCCCAGCCCAAAGCCAAAUUCCUGCAAAACCAGCAGUUGCUCAGCCACAGCCAGCAGCUCCUAGACCACAACCGGCAAAACACGUAGAACCUCCUCCAUCGACAAUCACUCUUCGGCCUGCGGCCCCAAUAAGUCAGACUCCGGCACCAGUGUAUUCAGCUCAACCAGCCACGGCGUCCCUUAAAGUUGUUGUAGGAGGAAAGAACCUUCGUGGUGACUUGAAAUGGCCCCCAGAAAAUGUAAGGCAAAGAAUGGCAGAGGAACAGGCUUUUAUUGAGGAAAUCUCUAAAGGACCUGCUGUUAAGCCUUCAAGAAAAGAACGAGACUACACGCCCUUCUUCGCUCAACAUGCGUUGAACAGCACAUAUCCAGGAUACAAAAUACCACCUGGUACGCAGUACUUCAGGCCAGAAUAUUAGUUGACUUAAUAGAGUAAUGUGAUAUUUAUUUAGCGCUUUUGGCUCAGGUUUUUUAGUGAAAAAUUCCUGAACAGUACCGAAGAGUUUUCCUCCUUUUUUGGAUCGACGCUAUCGAUAAGAUUUAAUCAACGAUGAAACAUUGUUUGGGGAUUUUUCACUGAAAAAUGCAUAAUACUUAUUAUAUUUUUGUAAAUACUGCAUAUAACUCUAAAGCCAGGCUGUACAUUUAGUAAACAGCUGAACUGACAAUUACUUGUUUAUGAUUAUUGAAAAUAUUAUAAGAUAAAAAGGCGAUCUAGGAUUUGCAGAUUCCUUGGCUAAUGUUUCGAAAUAGCCGAUAUAUCAUGGUUGCAACCCCAAGGAUUCCGAUCCUCCUUUGCUAUUAGCAUGGUUUCACUAACGUAAAAACAAAAUAAAACCGUUUUUUCAUACAAUUUGAUUACUGAUCUUCAGGGAAAUAAACGUAAAUGAACCACAUUGAAGCUUUAGUGAAAUCAUAAUUUCUGCAAAUGUGACUUACAUUAAUCAUAUAUUUUCGCAAGCAUUAAUUAGUACCUAUUGCCUAAUAUUUCAAUUCUGCAGGAUGUAUACAUUAAAGCCAAGCUGAACUAUUUAAGUGUUUGAGCGCUCGCCUAACAGUGUGAACAUUUCAAUAUUUUCAAUUUAGAUUACUUACACAUAUAUAAUUCGGCCUUAGAGAAAUUUAGAAACAAAUAUCACAAGUUUCGCCGCUUUUCGACAAAUUUACGUAUCGAUACGAGCUUUGCUAUUUAUCGCAAAUUGCCUUUACAUUUGUUAAAUAAAUUAAAAAUUGUACUGUGUACGAUAUAAAAAUUUAAAAAAUAUUAAAGUGA